AUUUCUUCACUUCCUGGAUACAGUGUGCAACAACCUCGCCAGUCGAUAAAUUGGAAUACCGAAGCCAUCAUUUCCAAUCCUUGAAAAUGAUGGUCCAAAGACAGCGGAGGACCCGUGAGGUGACGGGUCCGACGCCUCAUUCAGUUGCAAUCAAAGCAAGACCACCAAAUGUUAAACCACCAGAAUAUUUAAUAUUGGAGAGAAGAAAGAAGGAAGAUAUGCUUGAAAAUUACAGAAAAAACACACAAUAUAUGGAAUUUAAUGACCUGAAAAAUGAAUGGGAAAGGUCAACUGACAGAAAAAUCAAAUUAAACACAGUAAAAAGGAAAGUGGAUGGUCUCUUGUUAGCUAGUCAGUUUACAAUUGAGGAUAGGAGAGAAAGGUUAAGAGCAAUGCUUAGAGCAGAAGAACAGAGUUACCUGAGGGAAAUGGAGGCUCGGGAGGAAACCGUUCUGGAACGUCAAGCCAAAAUGAGGGAACGUGCCAAAUUUUUAAAAGAUAAAAGAGAAGAUGAGAGGCUGCAAUUCGUUCAAGAAAAAUAUGAUCAACAAUUCAGAAACCAGUGUGAAGAGUUAAGGUCCACAAUAUCAAAGAGACAACAAGAUGAAGUAUGUGUAGAUAGACUGGAACAGCUCCGAAUCAAGGAACAGCUGGAGAAAGAGAGGAAGGAACACGAGGCCAUGUAUGCCAAGCUCUGGGAGGAAGACAUGUUGAAGAAGGCUGCUCGUGAGGAGAGAGAUGCCCAGUCAGCUCACGAGAGAAACCAGGAAGUCUUGUCAGUCCUCAGGAAGCAGAUGGCAGCACUGGAGGAGCAGAAGGAGGCAGCUCGACGCCUCAAGGAGGAGGAGGCACAACUCCUGAGGGAGCAGGCCAUUUUAAGGCAAAUGGAGGAGGCUAAAGCCAGAGAAGAGAAGCUCCGACAGCAGCAGGAAACCAGAGAUGUGCUGGACCUCUCCCUGAAACUGAAGAUGAAGAAGAAAGCCAAGGCAGAACAGGAACAGUUGGCCUUUGACCUCAAGAUCCUGGAGCAGCUAUUGGAGGAAUCUAGGAAUGAGGCUAUGGAACAGUUGCAGAGGAAGAAAGAAUUGCGUGAAGAAGACAGGCGGUACAGAGAGUAUUUACAUCAGUUGAUGGAGGAGGAGAAGAUCAAGGAGCGAGAGCUAGAGAAGCUGGUCAACGAAGAGGUGGAGAAGAUGUGGCAGAAGCGUCUGAACCAAUGGCAGCUGGAGAGGCAGGCCAGGAAGAAGCUGUUACAGGACGUAAUGGCAGGCCGGGCCGUACAGAUCAAGGAGAGAUUGGCAGAAAAUGACAGAAGGCAGAGACAGGCAGAAGCUGAGAGACAGGAAUUACUGAACACCAUCGAGGAGAAUCGCCGACUGGAGGAGCAGCAGGCGGCCAAACUGUGGGAGAAGAACUACAACUACCAGCGGGACCUGGAGGGCCAGAUCAUCUACAACCACCGGCUCCGUGAACAGGCGCAGCAGAGGGAGGCUGAGGAGUUCAUGCUGGGAAUGCAGGCCGAGCGGGAGUACCAGGUCCGACUCAAAGACUGUCUGGAUAACGCAGAGUAUGACAAACUCCACCCCCUCAGAAGGGCCAUGCAAAAUAGUGCUCACUAAGGAGAAAUUAACUAUAUGGAAUUGUUUCCCCUUAAUUGUUAAUACUAUAUUUUGAAAUGUGUGAAUAUUAUUUUAUUUAAACAAAAUUUUGUAUUGAUACAAGAACAAUGCCUUUAAAUGUAUGCAGGUACAUUCCGAAUAAAUACACAAGAAAGCACUGUACGUUUAUAGGCUAGAACCUGUGUUAUUUGUUCUAGAAAGAAAAGGAAAUUGAAAAUGUUUCUUUCAUCUUUUUAGGAUUGUUCAUGAAAUAUUAACACUCAGUUUUUAAUUUUUUUU